AAGUUGGUAAGUGUCUUCAAGUAGUCAUAGUUUUUAGUUCGUUUAUUUGGUGGAGGUUGGUGGUGCAACAACAAUUAAGUAAUGGGAAGGCAACCAUGUUGUGACAAACUUGGAGUGAAGAAAGGACCAUGGACCGCGGAAGAAGACACGAAACUCAUCAAGUUUAUCCUCACAAACGGCCCAUGUUGUUGGCGAGCCCUCCCUAAGUUGGCGGGUCUCCGCCGUUGUGGCAAGAGUUGCCGCCUUCGUUGGACCAACUACCUCCGUCCGGACUUGAAGCGUGGCCUCCUCACUGAAUCCGAGGAACAACUCGUUAUUGACCUACAUGCUCGCCUUGGUAAUCGGUGGUCAAAGAUUGCAUCAAAAUUACCGGGCCGAACAGAUAAUGAGAUAAAAAAUCACUGGAACACUCAUAUCAAGAAGAAGCUUGUGAAAAUGGGAAUUGAUCCGGUCACUCAUGAACCUCUUCCUAAAGAAAUUCAAACAAGUGAGACGUCAUCUCCUCAUAGCUCGGUGUCCGAAAACAACCUUUCACAAACUUUAGAAAGUAGAGAUAAUUCAAAGGAGAACCCAGGUGUUCCACAAAUCGAAAACAACUACUCAUGUAUGGACAAUGAGCCGUUCCAAACCCUAUGUGAUGAUGAGAAGAUGUUAAGUUACCUCUUAGGUGACAAUGAGCCUCUUCUACUUGACGCAUCGAGUUGGGAGUCAUCAGACGAUGACAAAAGGUCCAUGAAUCAUACAAGCGUGUUAGGCUCAUGGGACGACUCUACUACAUGGCUAAUGGAUUGUCAAGAUUUCGGAGUUGACGAUUUUGGUUUGGAUUUUCUCAACAAAGUUGACAUGUUGGAGAUGGAAAACAAAGGGGGAUGAGAUUACAUCUUCGUACAUAGCCUAUGAUAAUUAAGUUUAUAUAACGACCGGCAAGUCGACCAAAGUGUUUCCUUGCAAGUUGAAACAUAAGAAGAAACCAUUAAACAUGUAUCAAGUAUCAUGUGUAAGUUAAAUUUAGGUUGGUAUUGUCAUAUGGUUUGUCUCUAGAUGGUAGAAGGGAACUCAAAUGUGGUUUCUCACCAUCAAGGAAUUUGUAAAAGAAAAUGUGAAAGGUGGGAAAUAAUGUAAAUAUCAAAAGUUAGAGGGGUAUUUGUGAAUAUGGAAACUUUAUAACGUGUAUUAUUUGUCCCCAGAAAGAGUAAUUGUAAAACAUACAAUAAGUAUUGUCUUUGA